AAAAAAACGUACUUGUCAAAACGUAAAUAAAAUCCAAACUUCAUAAACCGCUUUCACUAUUUUUUUUAUUUUCUUCUUCUUCUUUAUUUAUGCAUAACCUUCACUAACCCCGUUCAAUCAAUCACCACCACCAUCAUCUUCUUUCUCCAUGGACGUUCUAGAACAACAAGAAUCAUUAAACCAACUUGAUUUGGAUUAUAUCCUCGAUCAUUUACCAGAAUGUCCCGUCACCGAUUUUUUUCCGGAGGAAAUUAAUCCUCCUCCGGUUUCCGUCCCCGACACUCCCUCGCCAAAUCCGUCUCUAUCGAAGAUCGAGAACUUUCUCAUGACAGAUUUCGGCGACGAAGAAGGAACCGCGUCGCCGGACUCUGAAUAUGAUAAGUUUUUAGACGAGAUUCUCGUUGAUGUUGAUGUUGAGCCGCUUCCUCAAUCGGAGGAAGCUUUGACUCCUUCCGAUAAAGACAGAGUUGAUCCAGUAACUCCCGAAGUGGUUCCUCAUGAACCCGUUUCAAAGAAGCAAAUAAGGCAGAUGAGGAACAGGGAUGCUGCUGUGAAAUCAAGGGAGAGGAAGAAGAUGUAUGUGAAAAACCUCGAGAUAAAGAGUAGGUAUUUUGAAGGGGAAUGCAGAAGACUGGAGCAUUUGCUCCAGUGCUGUUAUGCUGAGAACCACGCUUUGCGGCUGUGUUUGCAAUCGCGUGGUGCGUUUGGUGCUUCCAUGACCAUGCAGGAGUCUGCCGUGCUCUUGUUGGAAUCCCUGCUGCUGGGUUCCCUGCUAUGGUUCCUGGGCAUCAUGUGCCAACUCAGCCUUCCCCUUUUACUGUGGCUAACAGUGCUACCUCCAAAAGAAAACAUGGAACACAAAAGUCUAAGAAGGGUGGCUCUAAAAAGGCCAAAUAGUAAUAUAAACUAUUUCCUGACUCAGUCGUUUGUAAAGAGUAGAAGAUGCCAAGCUUCAAGAACGAAGAUGAAAGUUGAUUUUAUCGUGUUCUAAAAACUUUUGAAGUGGGGCCUUACAGAUGUUUUAUUCAUUCCUUAUUUCUCUGCAUUUUCUUUCUCUCUUUUUGUGAAUUAUUGAACUUUUAGAUAGUAUCCUAGUUACAAGAAAUAUGUAAACCAAACAUGUUGGGAUGCUUUUGAUAUGGUAUUAUCAACUACUAUAUUAUGUUCUUUGAACUUA